AUCUUGAUGUGGGAACGGCGGACCUUAUUAAAAGUAAUCAAUUUUAUUUGGAUGAAACGAAUCAAAAAAAUCUAAUGGCUACUAUUGAAAAUAAUCAAUCGCAUAAUAGAAAAAACAAACUUUCGGUGGAUAUUGAAAAUAAUCAAUCACAUAACAGCAAAAACAAACUUUCGGUGGAUAUUGAAAAUAAUCAAUCACAUAACAGCAGCAACAAACUUUCGGUGGAAUAUGAAGCUUCGUUGAUAUUUGGCAAAAAUGAACCUUCAGAAUACGUAAAAUCAGAAACAUCGGAAUACGUUAAAUCAGAAAAUUCGGUUGAGAUUGUAAAUACUACUCCAUCGAUUAUGCGUUCUUUUCAGGCUUGUGGUGGCUCUUCCGUCAUAAGUAUUGGUGCUGGAACUUUAAGUGAUAUAUUUAUUACUACAGAACGUGGACGCGCUUUUGGAUGGUUCUAUUUGGGUCCUUUAUUAGGUCCUGUUAUCGGUCCGACCAUAGGCGGUUAUUUAACUCAAUACCUUGGUUGGAGGUUUAUCUUUGGGUUUCUAUCAUUAUAUGGUGGU